AUGUUUCAGCACGGCGGAAACAAGAAGUGCUUCACCAUCGAGUCUCUGGUCGGGAAGGACGGAAGCAGCCACGGCGGCGGCUCCGGGGAGGAGCCCAUCCGGCCCACGGCGCUGCGCUUCCCGGACUCCCUGCACCCGGCCGCUGCCGCCGGAGUGUUCGGCUCCUGCUUCCAGGGGAGCAACGGGAGGACUUUGUUCCCGGACAUGGUGCUGCAGGAGCCCGGCACACACGCACAGGGCCCCGGCGGGCUGCCGCUGCACCCGCUGCAGAUCCCCCCGCAGAGCUUCUUCAGCCCGCAGCACCGGGACGCGCUCAGCUUCUACCCGUGGGUGCUGCGGAGCCGGUACCUGGGACACCGCUUCCAAGGUGAGGACAGCAGUCCGGAGAACCUGCUGCUUCACGGUCCAUUCUCCAGGAAACCCAAACGGAUCCGGACGGCGUUCUCGCCCUCGCAGCUGCUCCGCCUUGAGCGAGCCUUUGAGAAAAAUCACUACGUGGUCGGAGCUGAGAGGAAGCAGCUGGCCAGCGGGCUGUGCCUGACCGAGACGCAGGUGAAGGUGUGGUUUCAGAACCGCAGGACGAAGCACAAGCGUCAGAAGUUGGAGGAAGAGUCUCCUGAAGCUCAGCAGAAGAGGAAGGGCAGCCAGCACGUGAGCCGCUGGAGAGCCGCGACGCAGCAGGUCGGCGGCGAGGACGUGGACGUCAUCAGCGAGGACUAG